AUGGACGCUGUCAUCUCACCAACUCUGUUCAAGAUCGUAAGCGCCGGCUACACUAUCAUGGACAAGGCCAAUUCCGCUCUUGAAUAUCGCGCCCUCGAAUAUGCGUUGUAUUCCGCCAUGACUGUUCGAGGCACUGUAAGUGUGAUGAGGAUCUGGAAAGGCGCAAGGACUCCACCAGGAGUCGACCGGUACACAUGGAAGGCUAUCACUUGGCGCGUUCAUAAUUGGCUCCAGAUUAACCUCAAGACUAAUGCUGGUCUGCGGAAAGAGCUGGAAGAUGCCAGGAAGCAGCAGAAGGAGUACGAGAUGAAGGAGAAGGCGAGAUCUGAUCAAGCGCGUCGGACUACACAGGUCGACGAGGUUCCAGACUUUGCGACACCUGCACGCGAAGAGCCUACACAAACAUCAGAAGUGGUCCGCAAGUUACAGGAGGCACUCAAGGACACGACCGACCGGCUGAGAGUCAGCAAUGCUCGGGUGAAAGAGCUCCAGCAGUCUACAAGCAAGCCUGCGCACCCGAGUCGAAUGUCCACCUCGUCUCACAACUCAUCGACUCCAAAGCGAGAUGCACUGGAGGAUAUGGGGCAUCAACUUCGGGCGGCGCGGCAGGAGGCUGUAGACGCCAAGAUGGAAGCUGCUUCCAAGGACGAGCAGCUACGGCUGGUGCGAGAAGAGGCCGAUGGGGCUAAAGCUAAAUUCGCUUCGCUACUGGCUUCUCAUGGUCAAGAGCCUAAGGCAGUACCGGAAGAGAUUGAGGCAGUCAGAUCUCAAAUGGCUUCCCUGGAGGCCGAGCUGGAAGCUGCGCGACAAGAAACGCAGUCGGCUAACGCGGAUCUCCUCUCAGUCAAGGAGCAAUUGGGUUGUGCGAACGAAGCCAUCAAGGUCGCUGGAUCUGGCUUGGCCCAAGUGCGAGAACUCGUGGGAAAAGUCCAAGAAGAGAAGGAAGAGGCUGAGGCAAACGCCGCAUCUCUUACGAUGCAGUUGCAAGCGUCCCGAGAAGAAGAAGAAAAGGGCAGGGCCGAUGCAGCUUCGAUGGAGAGAGACUUCCACGAGGUGCGACUACGACAUAGCAAGGAAGUCACCGCGCUUAAAGAGCAGGUCAAGGAGUGGGAAGGCAUUGCUGCGGAGGCGAAGCAGAUCAACGAUCAUGUGCAGACCGCGCUUAAUGAAGAGAACGAGGAGCUCAAAGAGCAGCUUAAGAAAGAGACUGCUCAUCGCGAGACACUGGAGAUGGAAGUGAAGAAGCUGAAGUCAGAGACCGACGGUGCGAAAGCCACAGAGAUGGCUGCACCCGCAGCGAAGUCGCUCACUCCAUCUGAGACGCAGAAGCCAUCGAGCGCGAUCUCUUCCAACCAUCUUGUCAAUAACCAGCCACGUCUUGUCUCCGUCGCCGGUCUCACAAGCCCAUCUACACCCAUCCCUACCGCAUUACCAGGCCCUACAACCACUCCCACAGAAACCUCGACGCCAAGGUCAGGAUACACACCUGAUCACAAAACUCUCAUCCAAGACUGGAACACCAGAGAAAUCGAGCUCCCGAUAUAUCUAGAAAGGUUGAAUGCACUAAAGCGAAAGUCUGACGACGCGGGAGAGACACCCAGACCGAUCAAGCAGCUUCGGCUUAGCGGCGAGAACACCGAGCUUCCGACAGGAAAUCUACUCACGCCUGGCGGUGGACCGGCUAUCAAGUUUGCCGUACAAGAACAGGUCCAAGUCCAAGAAGAACAGACAGAAGACGAUGGCGACGCGUCUAUCGACCUAUUCUGGGAUUCUUUCGAGGGCGACGCGGACAACUCAGGCACUUUCACAUACGGCUUGGGCGACGAAGUUGGCGCGGAGGCAGCAGCUCUUCCCGAGCAAGACGCAGCAAAGGGCGAGACCAACACUCAUGGCGAUACCCUCGUCAUCGACGGCGAUACCAUCAUCGAUGAAAGCGAUCACAGCAACGACGACCUCUAUGCCAUGCCUUCGCCGAGUCCAAACAAGCAGCCGCCUCAGAUCGUUGGCGAUGUCCCCGGCAUCGAAACCCCCGAUGUCGACAUCCCCGCCAUUGAGCUGACUCCAGCUACGAAGCGGAAGAUUGGCAUCGAGGGUGAUGAGGAAGCGUCGCCAAAGCCAUCUCAGGUCCCGAGGACUACGGAGGACCUUGGCGGUGAGCAGACUCUGGCUUUAGAGAAUAUGACUCCAAUUGCUGUUACUCGCAAGCCCGCUAUCAUUCUGACACCGGCUACGAGGCGGAUGUUCACCGAUGACGACGGUGAGGAGCCGCCGAGGUCGUCACAGAUGCCACCUAGAUCGUUUAGAUCAUCAAAGACGCCAAGGACGAAGCUUGACCUGGGUGAUGAGCAGACUCCCACUCUGAACGAGAUGAUGACGGAGAACGUUGUUGAUGCACCUAGUGUCCAUCACGAGGCGACUGAAGCCAGCGGUCCAUCCCAAGUCCCAGCCGAGAAGCAUGAUGCUCCACCAGAAGUCCAUCCGGCGUCGACCGAGCCGGCAGGUCCAAGAAACAGCAAUAUCACAACAUCCAACACCGACGCAACAAUCGCAGCCAGCACCGCUCGUCUUGCGCCCCGGCUCCAUUCCAGGCACCCAACGGCAGGAGCACGCGUAACGCCGGGAAGCCAGUCGGAUCUCUCAAUGAGAAUGUAUUGA